UUCUCCCCCCCCCUCCAGUAAAAACUCCAUUAAUGGCUCUUCCAAGUGGCAUUGAAGCUCUUGACAAAGCCUUCUCAGGAAUUGGAGUGGAUGAGAAGUCACUAAUUGAUAUAAUAGCAAAGUCAAACGAUGAACACAGAACAUCCCUAAGGAAGGGAUGUCCCAAGUUGUUCGUUGAGGACGACAAUGGUUUCGAGCGAUCCGAUCAAUCUUGCAUAGAGAAUCUCAAACACCAAUUCAACCGAUUCAGGGACGCCGUGGUGCUUUCGCUGCUACACCCAUGGGAAAGAGAUGCUCGUUUGAUUGAAGAAGCAAUAAGAAAGGGCCCAAAAAGCUAUAGCGUGAUAGUGGAAAUAGCAUGUACACGAUCAUCUAAUCAAUUAUUAGGUGCUAGGAAGGCCUAUCAUUCCCUCUUCGAUCACUCCAUCGAGGAGGAUCUUGCCGCCCACAUUAAAGAUGGUGAGCGUAAGCUCUUGGUAGCACUUGUUAGUGCUUACAGAUAUGAAGGGCCGAAUGUAAAAGAGGCUGCUGCAAAAUCUGAAGCUGAAAUCCUUUACAAUGCACUCAACAAUGCCGAUGAAACCAAACCACUCGAUCACGAAGACGUCGUCAUGAUCCUCGCUACCAGGAGCAAACUACAUCUUCAAGCACUGUAUCAACACUACAACAAAACCUAUGACAAAACCCUCACUCAGGAUCUUGAAGAAGGAAUUCUAAAAGAUACUGUAGAAUGCCUAUGUACUCCUGAAGCAUAUUUCCACCGGGUUUUGGAUGCAGCUCUGGAACAGGAUGCAGAUGAGGAAUCGAAAGGAGCACUGAGUCGAGUGAUUGUUACCCAAAAUGAGUUGCUGAGGAAGGAGGGUUAUGUUCCUAAUAAAAUUCAAGACACUCUUUUAGGAUUUUACAAGGAUUUCAUGCUCGGCUUGAUUGCAAGUGGAGAUAUACAAGAAAACAACUCUUAGAUUAUUCAAUUCAUAUAUGUAUUCUUCCAUUGUUAUGUUAUAAUUGGUGAGCUAAUUGUUCUUCUCGAUCCGAAAGAAGUGCCUUGUGCUUGUGUAAGAGUUCUUAUAUAUAAGCAUUGCUUAUCUUAUGUCCUUCACAAUAAUACUUGAACAUUCCGGGAGCAAAAA